GCGUCUGGCUGAGCGGGUGGCAGGCGCGUCGGGACCACCCAGCGAUGCUGCCGCCGCCGCUGCGGUCACCGCCUCUGUAGCGUGCGCCCGCGCCCGCUGCGGAGAGAGGUCGGCUGAACAAAGCUCAGGCUCAAUUGUGCUUCCUGCUUGUCAGCCUCUUGCCUCCCAAACCCGUACCAUUUCCACUUGAUGUCAUCACGCAGAAGGGGGUGAAAGGGACUCGGUGACAGAUUCAGCGCAAAUUGAACACCUGAAGGUUCUGGGACAUUUGAACUUCCAUCAACAGCCACAUUGACCAUGAGGGUGAAAUGUACACGCCUGAGUAUGCUAAAUGCCUGUGAGCUCCCAGAUCCUCCUGCGACUUUGGAGAGACUCAGAGAAGGAAGGAGCGGGAGUGGCGGACUCUGAGAACAAGCUCCUCCCCCUCGGCCUCGGCCUUCCUGCUCACAGCCCACGAUGGAGACGCUCUCCCAAGAUUCUUUGCUGGAAUGUCAGAUCUGUUUCAAUUACUACAGCCCCCGGCGAAGGCCCAAGUUGCUGGAUUGCAAACACACCUGCUGCUCGGUGUGCCUUCAGCAGAUGAGGACGAGCCAGAAGGACGUACGGUGCCCCUGGUGCCGGGGCAUCACCAAGCUGCCCCCGGGCUUCUCUGUGUCCCAGCUCCCCGACGACCCCGAGGUCCUUGCGGUCAUCGCCAUCCCGCACGCCUCCGAGCACACCCCAGUCUUCAUCAAACUUCCCAGCAAUGGGUGCUACAUGCUGCCCCUGCCCAUCUCCAAGGAGCGCACGCUGCUGCCCGGAGACAUGGGCUGCCGCCUGCUGCCCGGCAGCCAGCAGAAGUCCGUCACCGUGGUGACCAUCCCAGCCGAGCAGCAGCCUCUGCAGGGCGGGGCCCCGCCCGAGGCGGUGGAGGAGGAGCCGGACAGGCGGGGCGUGGUGAAAAGCUCCACCUGGUCUGGGGUGUGCACUGUGAUCUUGGUGGCCUGCGUCCUGGUCUUCCUGCUCGGCAUCGUGCUCCACAACAUGUCCUGCAUUUCUAAGCGCUUCACUGUGAUAUCCUGUGGCUGAAGAGGGCUACAGGGAAGUGUCUCGUGGGUGCCAACUAGGGGUUGAGCAGGUGUUGGUGAUGGAUCGCGUUGAGAAGAUGGGGGGCGACGCUGAUCAUUGGGUGCCGAGGACUGGCUUCUGGGCUGCCACUUGAUUAACCGCAGACAGACACGGAAGGCAGAAUGUGAGGUCUCAGCAAGACACCAGGCAGAUCGCUCUGAUUAUUGGUGGCAACAGCUUUGAAGACGAUUGCAUGCAUCUUCAUAAUCAUGUAUUAAAUGGACUGUAAUUUAUGAUUUCUAAAUCACGUUAUGAGAUAGACAUAUUCUACUUAGACAUUAAACUGUGGAAGUGCAUACAAUGUGAUCUUCUCUAAAUGUGGUAGAUUAAAACAAAGAUGCUAUGUAUCCAAGUAGAAUUAAACCUGAGAAUCCCUGUAAAAAUUCAGCCAUGACAUGCAGUGCUGAUUUCUUUCUUUCUUUUUAAAACAUGAAACCCCGUCUUCAUUCAGCUGCUAAGGCCUUUUAUACUUUCUGAAUGGCACCCAAAUUAAAAUAAGUUAAGCGGACAGUUGUUUUUUGAAGAAAAUAUCUGAACAAAUGUUUCCAGUGUGUUGUGUUUUGUCAUGUAUUUAAUUUUCCUUCCCUUGUAAUUAGAGCUUGAUAUGUGUUUAUUAAACUGAAAGCCCAACAGGGGAGCAAUAAACUGAGUAAUAAUGAGGAAUGUCUAAUCCCACAGGAAACCUACAUGCCAAUUUCUCUCAAGCCAUCUCACAAAAUAAGAAUUUUAAAUGUAAAUAAUGUGUAUUUGUGUGUGUGUGUGUGUAUGUGUGUGUGUGUGAUUUGAUUUACCUCAGUUUUGGAAUCUUUUCAGAAGAAUCGUGGUAGUGAGACUUUGUGGGGCAUGAAUGAAUCCGGGGUCUGAAACAGUGACCACCUCAUGGGCACUGGGACCCACCCUGUGAAGUGUCACAUACACGUCCCUUCCAAACUUGCUCCUCUUCUAUGUGGUCAAGUCCUGUAUUCUAUAAGGCACAAAUGGAGAGUAACAGAAGAUUCUGUCUUUUCUCUCAAUUUUGAUGUAUUGUAGUAGCCAUGAGUGUUGGUAACCAAGGACCAAUCUGGACUGGCAUUUUAAGACAGUCCGUGCUUACUUUUUUGAAAGAGGUUGUUCCAUGAGAGUUAAACCAUUGAGAAUUCCAGUUUCCUCUUGUUGGUACAAGUGGAGACUAUCUCUUGUAGUUCAAAAUACGUUUUUAUUGAGAAAAAUGACAAGACAAACUAGCAACUCACUAGCAACUCCGAAUUUAAGUGGACCAGUUCAUCAUAAAUUCUCAAAUAUUCUUAAAUGUGUAAUGGCCUAGAGAUGCUUACAAAGAAAGAUCUGCUGGUUUUAAAUGAUAAAUUUCUGUACCUGAAUGUGUGUGUGUUCAGCCAUAGCUGUGAGCUUUACAGUUGUCUGCUAGCUUUCUUUAUGGAAUUCAUGAAGUAAGUGGUAUGUGCCAAGGCCCCCUACUCAAAUAUAUGUUUAUGUUUCAUUGGAUCCAUGAAAAUAGGGGAAAGAAAAGCAGAGAUGGUUCUAAGAAUUAAGGCUAGAAAUAGCCCUGUAAGACUGAGAUAAUUUAAUUUACUUAUAUGCUAACUAUUUUACCUUCAAGCAGCACAAAAUAUGCACAUAAAGUGAUGCAGUUAAUGUGAGAUAAAAUGACAAUAUAAUGAAUAGAAUCCCAAGCUAACCCUGAUCAUUGGCAUGAGGAUUCGAUAUAAAAAUAUGAACUCGGGUUUUUUCAAAUCUUUCAAAUUCAUCAUUAGACCUUUAGGAAAUGUAUCUGAAAGCUCAAACUAGAAAUUAGGUUAAAAUGCCAUUUUAUUGUGUAAGCUAUUGGGCGUUAUCCAUCAAAUAAUCUAGGAUUUAUUUGGUAUUAAUAAUUUAGGUAUCAUAUUAGCUGAAUACUAUCCUCUAUUACGUAACCUAAUAUACUGUUGGGUUAGUUUCAAUUUCUCAAACUCUCCCAGGCUGCCGUGAUGCAUGUCUGACCUAAUUUCUGUUCCUCUUUGAAAAAAACAGAAAUGUUACAUUAAGAAUGCUGCAUUUCAAAUGGACUCUGCCCUUGCAAUAUUGUCAUGCCAUAUUCAAAUUAAUUUUGUGAAUGACAUUUACAUAUGUUUAUGUCCAGGAUGAAAUGACCAGCCCUGGAGUGUAGUGUGUGAUAGAAUUCUGUGUGUUCUGUAGGUCAUAUAUAGACACUAACAUAUGUGUGUUUCUUAGUGCAAAGCCGUGGAGUACAAAUGUCCACGUACCUUUUACUUAAAAACAAUCCCGUGCUAGAGCUGCAGUUAGGCAGUGCAGAAUUAAUUGGCUCUGUGAUAGAUUCUUGGUGUUACAAUUUAAGGUACAAUAACAAGCAAAAUCAGAAUUUUUUGUGUGAGUCUCACUGAUGUAAGAACCAUUGUUCAAGUGGAUUCUGCCUGCAGUUAAUUCAUUUGUGUACCUGCUUGUCAGGGUGUGCAUUCCAUGCACACGUGCGUGCAUGUGUGUGUGAUGUCUCAGCCUGCUGGAAAGAAUUUUUAUAGACAAUGAUGUUUAAUGUUAUUUGGCAUCCCAUUGUUCUGGCCCCUUUGGCAUUUAUCCAUGACACUAACAACUCAUCUACCCCACGUGAUGCAAGUCCAGUGACACAAUCGGCCAGAAUUCACAGUUGCACAUCAGUGAAAAAAUCACAACUGAAAGCACAGAAAGUUAGAGCUGAAAACAACCUCUGGUGGCUUCAUUUUGUAGGUGAGUCCACUGGGGCCCACAGAGGUGCGAGGCAGUUUGUCAUUCUGUGGCAAAAGGAGGACCAUAACUUAGCACUGUGGUUUCCUCUUGCUUCUUCCUAGGCCUGUCGACAUCUCUGUCAGGCGAUGAUCUUUUUCAGGGUGGAUGAAUACCCUUUACUAACUCAACUAUCAUUUAAGUUUUUUGUUUUUGUAAAUUUAUAUGUUCAUCUUAGUUAGCAUCUACCUCUCUGGGAAAUGAAAGGAGGAUUAAUUUAGGGAUGAAUAUAGACUGUUAAAGAAAAUCAUAUGAUUUGACUUUUUAAAAUUGCAAAACAUUGGUUUCCCACCCCCCUCCCUUUAGAUGUAAAGGACGAUGAGUGUUGUGUAAAUAGUAAACUACAAGAAGCAUGAUUUUUCAACUUUAUUAAUGAUCUUGACAUAAGCAAGAGAAUGCUGAAUUUGCUAAGCAGAGCCAGCUAUGCUAUCAAAAGUAUUGUCUUUGGAAAAUUUUUUCAUAAUGACCUGGGGCAUACAUUGUGAUGAAAAGGCAAAUGGUUCUCAGUUCUAGUCUUUAUGAUCAGGAAGCUAUAAAGUAUUUUCUUUAGGAAUAUAAAGAAGUUGACUCUUGCACAUGACUUAAGAGCAGUUGGUCCCUUGAAGGUUAAACCACGUGCUGGUGCAGCCCUUGGGAUCCUCUAGAUUGGCGCUGUUCAUUAGAACUUUCUGUGAUGGUGGAAAUGUUCUAUGACGUAUGUUGUCCAAUACAGUAGCCAUAUUGGCUAGUGGGCAAUUGAAAUGGGAUUGGUCUGAGUUGGGAACUGGAUUUUGUAUUUUAUUUAAUUUAAAGCUGUUUAAAUAAAUGUCACACGUGGCUAGUGGCUACUGAACUGGAUGGUGUACUUUGCAGGCUUGUGCAAUAGGUGUUAAUGGAGUUCAGAGUAAGAUAAAGAAGACAGUUUGUGGUUUAGUAAUACGCAGUUGGCUUAAAAAAUUUUUUUUGUCCUUUCUGGGCUUAAAAAAUAUAUGAUCUCAAGUAUGACGGUAAAAAUGCAUUGAUUGCCCUUUGGGGUUAUUACUUAGAUGCUCUGGGCCGAGGAAUGAUCAAUGAAGCUUAAAGAGUGCUUGAUAAAGCCCCUUUCCUGGGAUCAUUAGCUGCAUGUGAAUCUAUUGUCCAAAAAUAGUAGUUAGACUGUAGCUGUAAAAUGUUUGACUUGCAUGACCUGUACUGUGAAAUUGUGUUUAGGGUCUUGUGGCCAAAAAGUAAAUGUUACAGAAAAAAAAAGCCUAAUGAAAUUCCUCUUCACUUCCAGCAUCUUACCCAAACUUCAUCACUGCGUUAGUAAGGUGUGAAAUGUAAGAGCAAGCAUGUUUUGCAGUGUUCAUAGGGAAUGUUUCUGUUUGUCCUUGAAGUCUGACAGCUUGUCAUUGUAUUUGGGGGUAGGCAUAUGUGGGCAUCAUUUUUCAGAUGCCAGACUAAUACAUAGGUACUAUUUUUAGAGUGAGAUUUGACAUUGUUUUAGUCUUGCUUGGUUUUUUUAUUUUAGUUAUCACUGAAAGAAUUGAAUAUUUGAAGCCUUGCACAAAGACACUUUUUUACAUUAAAAAAAACAUUGCCCAUGGAAUUUAAAGACUUGAAGGUUAUUAAAGUUACUAAAAUUGCUUUUUUAAGCAAGUAAAGGGAAGCAGAAAAUUCAAUUCGAGAUGUAUUUUCAUAGAAAGAUCAGACUCUUCUUGAUAGUACAGUAUUUAUUCCAGUCUAGAUUUUGAUUUGAAAACCUAUGCUGUGUCUAAAUUGGUUAGUCUGCUUUUCAUUGUCUGAAAAUAACAAACCAAAUGCAUUUACUUCAAUUUGCAGAAUUAGGUUGAUUUUUUUAAAAAAACAACUAGUCAAUGGGCAUGACUCUUCUUUUUAGCUUGUACUUAAAAAUGAUCUAAAAAUUUUUUUUUGCCAAAUGAUAGUUUUUCUUUAGACUUAAGAGGAAAUUAAAGGUCCAAUGUUUAUUGGUAGAGGAGAGAUAUGCAAAUGGUCUGAAUUUCUAUCUCCUCUUAGAAAAAUGCUACCAACUAGUCAGCAUUUUGUUUUCACAUAAGAACUGUCAUCAGUCAGUUGAUGUGUCAUCCUUGACCUAGAAGGAGAGGCUGUUCCUUGCCAUUUCCAUCAUUCUCAGUAAAAUGUUACCCAUAAAGAAUUUCUUACCAAAACAGAAACUCCAAAGAAGAAUGAGACAGUCAAGAUAAUUCAGUAACUGUUUUGAAAGUGGUAGUCUAUUUCAAAAUCGAUGAUGAUCAGUUGCUGAUUUGUUAAACAUGAAACACUUCUUUUAAAAAAGUGGAAACUCAAGCCAUUGUUUUUGUUGACACAACUCACUGUAUAUAGAUAUAUCUAUAUCCAUAUAGAUAUAGAUAUAUAUGUAGAUACACACCAUUUAGCUAUAAUUGAAGUUGAAAAAUUAAGUAAAAAUGUUAGUCAUGUUUUCCAAUGUGGGUUAUACAACGUUGAAUUUAGAUGUUAAUUUCUUAACAAAUGCUACAGGUUGCAUCCAUUUUGUCAAACCAACCAGCUUCGAGAGUGUCUAUAUAACUUAGCUCUCGAGACUUUUCAAGUAUGAAGGAGUAGGUUCUACCGUAUACAUUUUGUUGGAAACCAUUAGUCAUUGAAGAACAUUAGCAGGUGGGGCAUUUAAUUUCUCUCUUCCAAAUGACUUUUUUUUUUGGCUCUGCUCAAGUGGUUGUGGGUAGAGCACCAUUAUUCUUGAACUCUUCCAAUAUGGCUCCGAUAUUUUCUGCACAAGUUUCCUGGCACGAUCGGGCCAAUGUUUUUCCUUUUUUUUCAGGAUUCACUGCCUGGGGUAUCCCACUAUAUAGAUAUAUCUCAUUUAUGAUGUAGUGGUGCUUGAAAACACUCAUCUUGUUAGCUGGACUUUAUUAUUCUGGUCUAAGGUUUUUGAUACUAUUCAUAUUAUGAUCUUUUUAGAGACAAUCAGUAAUAUUUGGGGCAAAAUACUGAGCGGUCUCUUGGAGUCUGCAACAGCAUGUAUUUUCUUUGUUUUUCUGGGGGGUGUUCUCUGAUAGUUGGCUUGUUAUUCUAGAACACUGCUCUAAAUUCAUCACCACAGGAUGUAGGGCUAGUAGCCCAUGGGAAAAUCUGCUGUGAUCUCCCUGGGGUGUGUUAUUGGAUUAUUCAAACAAGAGUUUUCCAAAGGGAAGCUCAGAUUUUAAUUUGACAUUUGCUUUUUGAGACUCUAGUUGUAGACCAUUGGAUAUGAUGGCAGUGAAAAAGCACAGGCUGUAAGAAGAAGGAAAUAGAUGAGGCAAAUUGCCCUUAAAAGGGAACAAGUUGAUGUCUAUAUCACCACUAUUUAAAUAGUAGGAGGACACGAUAGCUGGUGUUUUACACUGUGCUUCAGAAAGUUCCUGGUUGGAUUUUCCUGGCUGAGAGACAACCCAGCUCUUAGGUAGAUCCUGUAUGGUAGAGAUGGAGACGUGGCCUUGGGUCGAUAGCAACAGAUAGCAGAUAUGCCCAGAGAGUGAGAAAAUAUUGCAUAAAGGGAGGGAAAUCCAUAAUGAGAUUAUAGCUUCAAAACAAAACAUAUAGGAGCUGAAGGUCAAUCACUGCAGAAACCAGCUGAAGACAGAAACAUGGGACAACUGGAAAUAACUUAGCCAAGCACAAUGUGUCAUUCCAAUAUGGCUCACCAAAUUCAGUUCAGGAUGUUUCAGCUGAAGACAUAAAGGGAAUGCGCUCAGCUAAUGAGAGGGUCCAGGGAGGCCCCAUUGGGUUGUCAGCACACUAGAGAAUUUCAGAACCUACUCUAGAGUUGGUUGCUGAGUCAUUACAGACAAACUCUAAAGAUGUCCUCUUAACCAUGAAAUGCAAUGCCUGUGCCUGUGGAUGUAUCCUGACUUGAGUAGGUUGAUACUAGUGGGAAGACUCGUUCAAGAAUAUUUUGGUCCUGUCCUGCUUGUGCUCAUUUAUUCUAAUUUUCUAUUCCACUACUUGUUCCUGUUUGCCUCUUUUGACAGGUGCAGGCGGGGAGGUUGGUUUCAGUUUGCAGCGGUUGCAAACUCCCAACGUAAGCAGCUGCAGCACAGGGUCCCUGCUGUUCUGACGGCUCCACUGGUGGGUUCCCUGGCCCUCUUGAUAACUAAUACUCCAGUCAAAUGGCUAGAUUAAUGCUGCUCAGAGGCUGUUAACUCAAGUCCUUGACAUGUUUCAUUUACAAUUAUGUGGAUUAUUUAUUUCCAAAGCUUUUCUUUUAAAGGGCCAAAUAGCCCUACAGAUAAAUGAGCUGCCGGGCUGUGUAGUAAAUAUUGUUCAAAUGUUGCCAAAUAUUGACUUCGUAAGGGGGAUGUCAAGCUGCUGUUUAUAAAUCUGAAUGUCUUAAAAGCAUUCUUGCUUGCUCUCUCUGUUGUAGAUGGUGUCUUAGCAAGUCCUGAGUUUUCCAAUGAACCCAAUUUUAAUAUAUGGUAUUUUUGUAUGCCAAACUGGUGUCUCGUCCUUUGUAUAUGUGGUAAUGUUGAUUUUAUGACUACUGUUAAAACACAUUUGCUAUGAUUAAAAUUCAUAAAAUGAUUUCAAA